UUCGUUGCAAUUUUGGGAUUCUGAUCUGUUGAUAUAGCUACUUGUUUAUUCGUGUUGGACUUUGUAACAGUUUUUGUUAGAUAUCUAUUUUUUUCAUUUUAUUAUUUAAGUGAAGUCCACUAACUUCUUUGCUACUCACCAAAUUCUGUUUUGGGAAUUGAGCGUAGCGAUUCAGUACAUCGGAAACGAAAGAAAAAUGUCAAAAAACAAAUUCAAUUUAACUCUUCCUCCCGUGGAGCCGGAUCCCGUUUCCACUCCCAGUCCAGGAGAAACGUCAGCCAGAAGCAGCAAUAUAGCAGCAGCUAUUAACUCAGCCAAAUCAAUGACACAGACUAGUAGUGUAGUAAUACACCCUGGAAUAGAUGGAAAUACAACUAUGGGGAAUACAACAUUAGAAGUGUUACAAAAACAGCUAGAAGAACUAGAUAUUGAUGACCUUCAGAGACAGAGAUUGCACAAGUUUCUCUCACAAAAACAGGAAGUUGGAGAAUUGACUGAUGAUGAUUUUGACAAACUUGGUGAGCUAGGUGCUGGUAAUGGUGGAGUAGUAACAAAAGUCAGACACCGUCCUUCAGGUUUAAUUAUGGCCAGAAAGUUAAUACAUCUUGAAGUAAAACCUGCUAUUAAGAAGCAAAUAAUUCGAGAACUGAAGGUGCUUCAUGAGUGCAAUUCACCACACAUUGUUGGUUUCUAUGGAGCAUUCUACAGUGAUGGAGAAAUAAGUAUUUGUAUGGAGUACAUGGAUGGGGGAUCUUUAGAUUUAAUUCUCAAGAAGGCUGGCCGCAUUCCAGAACAAUAUUUAGGAAAGAUAACAAUUGCUGUUCUUAAAGGGUUGAGCUACCUCCGAGAUAAGCACCAAAUUAUACAUCGCGAUGUCAAACCAAGCAAUAUUCUGGUCAAUAGUCGAGGCGAGAUCAAAAUUUGCGACUUUGGAGUUUCAGGCCAACUCAUUGACUCAAUGGCGAAUUCAUUUGUAGGAACAAGAAGCUAUAUGUCGCCUGAACGAUUACAGGGAACACACUAUUCCAUUCAGAGUGAUGUCUGGUCUUUAGGACUUUCAUUGGUUGAAAUGGCUAUUGGCAUGUACCCAAUUCCACCUCCCGAUCCACAAGCUUUAGCUCUUAUUUUUGGUUCGAAGUUCAUUGAAGACCCUGAAAACAUGACACCGUCACCCAGCAGUCGAUCUCCUCGUCAAAUCCAAUUUUCCGGAGGAGUACUUGGUCCUAAGCCAAUGGCUAUUUUUGAGCUUCUGGAUUAUAUCGUGAAUGAACCACCACCCAAGUUGCCAUCAGGCGUUUUCUCUGUAGAAUUCAAGGACUUUGUCGAUCGUUGUUUGAAGAAAAACCCGGCGGAGCGACCUGCUCUUCGCACAUUGAUGGGUCAUGAAUGGGUAAAGAAAUGGACUUCUGAAAAUGUGGAGAUCGCUAGUUGGGUAUGCACGGUCAUCGAGUUACAGCCUUCCACACCUUCCACUUUCUGAUAAACUUCUAACAACUGUACUGUUUAACGAAAGUCCAUUAUCCUUUUUUGUGCUUUUCUACUAAAAAAAAUAUUGGAGAUUACAGUUGGCGUUUUAUACGUUAUCCAUCCACAGUAGCACCCAAACAGCCCUUGAGCUUGCAAAUGUACUGUCAUUGUCCGAAUCGUCCAUUUUGUUUGCCAGCUCCUCCACCCGGUUAACACAGGGUAAGUAGAUGUUUUUUACUUUUCCGAAAACAGUCGUAGUAUUUGUGUGCGCUGCUAUGAUAAGGUAUACGAAGCAAAUUAACGCACAACAUUCACUAUUUCCAA